AUGGAUGCUAGUGCUCAAAGCAUUGACAAAGAUGGGACUAAAUGGUUUGUCAACUCUCUUGGAACACCUCAUUAUGGUGACAAGUGGGAGGCUGCGUUGGGAUCUGCCAACACCCACCUUAACUGGGUGAUAGGGCAGACUAAGAUGACCUACGAGGAUCUGACCAUUUUGCUGACUCAGGUGGAGACUAUUCUGAACUAUUGGCCACUCUGCAACUUGCCUAUUAUUGACGUUGAGUUCGCAGUGUUGACUCCUCGGCAUUUUCUUAUGGACUCAGCAUUGACGACUGUUCCUGAGCCUUCACUGGGUCAGUUGUCAAUCUGCAGGUUAUCCAGACAUCAACACAUUUAUCAGAUAACAGCGUUUACCAAUUAUAAAAUGAGAUAUGAGGACAGUCUUUAA